GGCCGAGGGAGAGCAGCUGCCGGGCGGGGGCCGCGAGGCUCGGCCGCGCGCCUGGCGCCCCGUGCGGCCCUGCCCCCGCCCCGCCCCGCCCUGCGCCGGCUGCCGCGGACCAGCCAAUCCGGGCGGCCACGGCCGCGCGCAGCCUCCCCGCGGCCGGCUCGCCGAGCGCUUCCGCCGCGCCCGCGCCGGCCGGCCUCGGGGAGGGGCAGGCCCGCCGACCGCGCGCCCCGCCUGCCGGCUCCCCGGGGCGCCAUGGCCUCGGAAGGCCUGGCAGGGGCGCUGGCGGCCGUGCUCGCGGGCCGGGGCCUGCGCGUGCAGGGCUGCGACUCGGGGCCGGCCGGGGAGCCGCUGGCGCCCGCGCGGCUGCGGAAGAACGUCUGCUACGUGGUGCUGGCCGUGUUCCUCAACGAGCAGGAUGAGGUGCUACUGAUCCAGGAGGCCAAGAAAGAGUGCCGUGGGUCGUGGUACCUCCCCGCAGGGAGAAUGGAGCCAGGGGAGACCAUCGUGGAGGCGCUGCAGCGGGAGGUGAAGGAGGAGGCGGGGCUGCAGUGUGAGCCUCUGACAUUGCUGACCGUGGAGGAGCGGGGCCCCUCCUGGAUCCGAUUUGUCUUCCUUGCUCGCUCCACAGGUGGAAUUCUCAAGACUUCUGAGGAGGCAGAUGCAGAGUCCCUGCAGGCUGGCUGGUACCCACGAACCUCCCUGCCCACCCCGCUGCGCGCCCAUGACAUUCUGCACCUGGUAGAGCUAGCUGCCCAGCAUCGCCAGCGAGCCAGGCACCCUCUCAUUCUGCCCCAGGAGCUUCCCUGCAGUCUGGUCUGCCAGCGGCUCGUGGCCACCUUUACUAGUGUCCAGACAGUGUGGGUAUUGGUGGGCACAGUGGGGAUGCCUCACUUGCCCAUCACUGCCUGUGGCUUCACCCCUGUGGAGCAGAGAGCUAGCAUCAAGAUGGCUGUCCUGCGGCUGCUGCAGGAAUGUCUGACCCUGCAGCACUUGGCAGUGGAGACCAAGGGGUUGCUUGGACUGCAACACCUGGGCAAAAACCAUACGGAUGGUGUCUGCCUGGAUGUGCUGGUGACGGUGGCUUUUCGGAAUCCAGGCAUCCAAAAUGAGCCCCCCAAGGUGCGGGGCGAGAGCUACUUUUGGUGGAAGGUGACGGAGGAAGACCUACAAAGCCAGCUCUUACAGAGGCUUCAGGAAUCAUCUGUGGUGCCGGUCAACAUAUAGGAAGGUGCCAUCAGUGGGCACGGAGCUGGGCAUCUGUGCUCCCCUCCACCAUGGCUUUGCCUCCUCGGAGGGAGGCAGGAGGUUGGCAGUCAGAGAUCUUGUUACAUUGGGAGCAGGGUGGUUCUCCUGGCUCUCAGGGGGACUUCCCUCUCUCCUCACUGUGGAGCACGUCCCUAUAUUGCACCAAAAGGGACAGUGCCUUUCACCAAGCAAGGAGUCCAGAGCUCAAGGACCCAAUUACCCUGAGGACACAGUGAGGGCACUGCUCCCUAAGGGGCAGUGAGAACUUUCUGAACCUGAGAUGGCAUUUACUCCUCAUCUCCUGGGUCUGCCUGCCUUGGUAAAGCUCUACAUCCGGAUUCACAGGCACUUAGAAUGUGGAGCAGGUGCUGGAGGAGGCCUCUCCCAGGGAGUGGGCCCCUUGCUGAGUAAAUGGGUGUUGCUUACUCUGCCUUCCCGCCUGGCCUGAAUGUCUCUGUGGGGAGGAGGUGAGCAGGAGGGGACCUGAGAAGCUCCUCCCCUUGUCUCACCGACAGCCUUCUGAGACGACAAGCUGUGGUGCAGGUGAUGGGCAGGUGGGCUUCCUGCCCCAGCCCAUGGGGGCUCCCUUCCUCUUGCCUGCCAAGGAGGGAUGUGACCACAUCCCCAGAGAAAACAACUCUAGCCCCUCCAAGGUUUGAGCAGCAUGAAGGCCAGGACAAGCUUCCGCUGGGCGAGGAGCUGCCCUGCCUCUUGCCUGGUGUCCCUCCUGGGGCCCACAGGCUCCUGCCUCUGCCUUGUUACAACUCUAGCUCAAGCCAGACCCAAACCCUUUAUUUCCCCUCAGUUCAGCUUAAUCAUAGUAGGAAUUAUUUUCUUAAAAGAAGAACUUUAUGAAAAUUUAAGGUAAAAUCAAAGGAAAUGAACAAA